AUGUUGUCGGUUGUUGUCUACUUGCACUCAGUAUUGGCGUACGGCGAUACUGAUAUUUUCAAAAAGAAAGAAAAUGUGAUUUAUCUUUGCAAUCAUCAAAACACAGUUGAUUGGAUGAUUGCUAACUUCCUAGCCGUACAUCAAGGCUCCCUUGGACAUAUCCGAUAUAUUCUGAAGGAUGGCCUUAAAUUUUUACCUUUUUAUGGCCACUAUUUCAAACAACAUGGUUGUAUCUACAUUAAAAGAGGAGGAAAAUUCAACAAAGAAAAAUUAAAGAAAGAUGUUUCUGUCAUUAAAGUUAACAAAGAACCGAUAUGGUUAGUUAUAUUUCCUGAGGGAACGAGAUACAAUCCUGAUCUUCCCAGUGUAAUAGAGAGGAGUAAAGCAUUUGCUAGAGAUCAAGGACUGAAGGAAUUACAGCAGGUGUUGUCACCCCGUACUAAAGCUGUACACACAUGUAUAGAACAGCUGGCUGGUCAUGUGGAUGUUGUAUAUGACGUCACUAUCGCCUAUAGUGAUACCAAAGACAGUUCUGGCGUACGCAAAGUAGCACCACCUAUGACUGAUUUCCUAAUGGGUAAGGUAUCCAAACUACACCUGAACCUGGAGCGGAUUCCAAUGGAAGAGAUUCCCAAGGAAGAAGAUAAACUCCAACUCUGGUUGCACAAGCUCUAUGAGAAAAAGGACAAAAUGAUGACAGACUUUUACUCCGAUGAUGACAGAUUGCCUAACACAGGAAAAUUCCCAGGAGUAGCAAAGAAAGUCACAUUCACAUAUCUCCAGACUAUGCCCUCAAUGCUUUUCCUGUCAACUUGUGUUGGCCUGCUUCUUUCCACCCCAGAGGGUCGCAUGGCCUUUGGAAAGUGCAGCUUAUUUUUUGCGGUUGGAGGUUGGGUGUGGACAGCUAUCCGAUCCUGA